AUGAGUAAUCAACCAUCAUCAAAUGAUGGUCAUCAUCAUCAUCAUCAACAACAACAUCAACAUGGACAACAAAAUAUAUCAACAACAUUUCUAAGUGCACAACCAAGUAUGCAUCAACCACAAGGAGUAAUGUCAGCUCCACCAACAACUACAUCAUCACCGAUUGGUGGAUUUGCUAGUACUGCAUCACCCAAUUCAUCUACUGUCAAUGUUGCACCAUCAUCACAAUCAACACCCGCAACACCCAUCUCUACCAAUACACCAUCUACCAUCAUGCCAUCUCAUACAUCAACAACAGCGACAACAACAACACAAAUACCUCAAAAAGAAGUUUCAACAAGUUCAUUUGAAUUUCUCUAUAUAGAAUUGGUUGAUUAUAUCAUCAAAUCAAGUAAUGAUAAAACACAAACCUUUAAAAAGUUGGAAAAGAUGGGUUUCAAAGUUGGUUAUAAAAUGGUUGAAAGAUUAUGUUUAGAUUUACCAUUAUUCCCAGAGGUAUUGGAAAUUGUAAAAUUUAUUUGUAGAUCAUUUUGGACGGCAGUAUUUAAGAAAUCGAUUGAUGGUCUCAAAGCAAAUAGAAAGGGUGUAUUUGUCAUGACUGAUCAAAAAUUCCAAUGGUUAUUACAUCUUUCCUAUGAUCCAACAUCAACAAACAAAGAUUGUUCAGAGUAUGUUCAAUUUGCUGUUGGUCUAAUUAAAGGUGCAAUGUCAAAUUUUGGUUAUAAAUGUAUGGUUACUUUUGAAAUUCAACAAAUGCACGCUGUUGUGUUUACUAUAAAAUUGGAAUCUUAA